GUGUGUGUCCCGGAAGUAAAAGCGGAGGACCGAUGUGUGUCUGGACAAGAGUAGUCUGUCGGUAACAUUUGUGUUUCUGGUGGUUUUGUGGCUCAGAAAAUGGACACGUUGAAUAAACUAAAGCAGUUUGACGCUUAUCCCAAAACUCUGGAGGAUUUCCGAGUGAAGACGUGGGGAGGAGCGACUGUGACUAUCAUCAGCGGUGUGAUCAUGUUAAUCUUGUUUGUCUCUGAGCUGCAGUACUAUCUCACUAAAGAGGUCCACCCUGAGCUGUACGUCGACACGUCGCGAGGAGACAAACUCAAAAUAAACAUUGAUGUUAUUUUCCCUCACAUGCCCUGUGCUUAUCUUAGUAUAGAUGCGAUGGACGUCGCUGGUGAGCAGCAGUUGGACGUUGAACACAAUCUGUUCAAACAGCGGCUGGAUAAAGACCUCAAGCCUGUCACCCUCGAGGCAGAAAAACAUGAACUUGGUAUGGCUGAUGAUGGUGAUGUGUUUGACCCCAGCACACUGGACCCAAACAGAUGCGAGAGCUGCUAUGGAGCUGAAACCGAAGACCUAAAAUGCUGUAACACUUGUGACGACGUACGGGAAGCGUACCGGCGGCGAGGCUGGGCGUUCAAAAGUGCCGACACCAUUGAGCAGUGUAAGAGGGAGGGCUUCACUCAGAAGAUGCAGGAGCAGAAGAAUGAAGGCUGUCAGGUUUACGGCUUCCUGGAGGUCAACAAGGUGGCAGGAAAUUUCCACUUCGCUCCAGGCAAAAGUUUCCAGCAGUCCCAUGUCCAUGUGCACGCUGUGGAAAUACAUGACCUGCAGAGCUUUGGCUUAGACAAUAUCAACAUGACCCAUCUGAUAAAACACCUGUCGUUUGGUAAAGAUUACCCCGGCAUCGUAAACCCUCUGGAUGGGACAGAUGUCACAGCACCACAAGCGUCAAUGAUGUACCAGUACUUUGUGAAAAUUGUUCCAACCAUCUACAUGAAAACUGACGGAGAAGUGGUAAAAACGAACCAGUUCUCAGUCACCAGGCACGAGAAAGUGGCCAAUGGGCUAAUAGGCGACCAGGGGCUGCCAGGUGUCUUUGUUUUAUAUGAACUGUCACCCAUGAUGGUUAAAUUCACAGAGAAACACAGAUCUUUCACACACUUCCUAACAGGAGUUUGUGCCAUUAUUGGAGGUGUAUUCACAGUGGCCGGUCUGAUUGAUUCGCUCAUCUACCACUCAGCUCGUGCCAUCCAGAAGAAGAUAGAGCUGGGCAAGGCUUCCUAACAGCGCCUCCUGCUGGCUUCAAUGGUGCAACACAGACCGAGACACUGAAACAACGGCAGAAAGACAGAGACGUUUGAAGAAGUUUAAAAGCAAUUUGUUUUCUCUCCACCUCUCUGCCUUCUGUUAGACUGAGAGAGAGAAAUACAGAGAGAGAUAGAGGUUUUGAAUCAGUCAGGCUUUAAAUUCCUCUGUCUCUCCUUUCAUUGUGGAAAAGCUCAGGAGAAGAGCAUUUUUAGAAUGUUCCUCUCCACCGUUAAAUUUGAUGCCAACCAGACAGAGACGGAAUCAGACAUCUCUCUGAGAUUGAUCCGCACAGGAGGCCUCUUCAUCAGCCUCUGGAGGCUUGCUGAUGGAAAAAGGGAAGCUGAUUUCCUUUGUGCUUUUUACGUACGUCCUGCCUCCUCACCAGCCAACACUCAGAUCACUGCACUGAAUUUCUGCUAGAGGAUCUGUGGUCGAGCCCUUCAUCGAGAGGAGUGAGGAAAAGAAGACAUGGAGACUUAAAGGAACAUAUCACCCAAUUUUUUUUCUGUUCUUAUGAGUUACUCACCCCCUGUAACCUGGACUGAUGGAUGUAAAGUUUGUACCCACAUUUCUUUAUGCAGAGUCACUGAAGUCCUGAUAGGAGCUUUUGUAAUCUGUAACUUCUAUUGCUUACCAAAUAAUUUUUUUGGUUGUUGAUUUUAACGGUAAAUCUGGUGGUAUUUUAUGUUUCUUACUGUCAACAAAUCCCUUGAAAAGAACAAAACCAACAAUGAACUCAGUAUCCAAAUCCUGAAAUCUUAUUCCUCCCAUUGUUGUCCAGAAUUAUUAAAAACACAUCAAUGAGCCACACUGCUGCACUGAGUGACAUAUUCCUUCAUUAUCAUCAUCACACUGUAGUUUAUUUGGACUCAAACCCAUAUACACCGUUUUUUACCACCUAUCACCAACAAAUAACGUGUUGGCUCCUGUUAAGGUAACAGUCGUUAAAAACUACAGCGACCAUAUAUUUAAAUAAGGUUUCUCAAACAGGAAAGAUGCAUUUGAAAGAGAUUUUUGAAUGUUUAAUCUUGCAAAGUAUCCAAAGGACAUGGAGCUAAGAAAGUACUGAGAGAGAGAGAGCGACUAAAACGUUGUUGAUUUCACAGUUUUCAUGGGAUUUGUUGUCAGCAAAAUAGUGAAUAUAACCAGUUGUAUGUCUGUUUCUUUACAAGUCAGUAGUUUAGUCAAGUGUUCAAAUAUUCCAAUCUGUCUUCAGUCAGUCUGGAUGGAGUGAAUAAGAUAAGCUAAAACUGACCCACUGACUUCCACUGUUUGAAGCUGUUAAUCUCCAAACAUCAAGUUGUGAGUAUUUGAUAAAAACUGGGUGAUGUGUCCCUUUUAAAAAGUUGCAAAGAGAAACUGGAAACAAGCAGAUAUUAUCUUUUGAAGCAGUCAGUCAUGACACUACAAAGGCAUUUUUUUGUGUUCAUUUGAUUUAAAGCCACUAUGUGUAUGAUUUUUUUUAGAACGUUUCAGUAGAGAUUGGUGCAGUCUCAGUGUUGCUUUCAGCCUAUUUACAUCAUGUCCUGGGUCCAGUCUGCGUCAGAGUCAGACUGACUUUAGUUUACUUCAUUUUCAGCUUUCAGUGUGACGAUACAAAUCCAGCUGUUCAGUAUCUAGCUUCCACUACCCCCAAUCUGUUGGGUAAAACUUGUCCAACUGCCAAAGAUCAAACUACCACCAGCCUGGUGUUUGAUCUGCAGUGCAGCAGAGUUUUUUCUCCACACACCAGAAUCUGCUUGACUGAUGAAGCUGUGUGUCUCAACUUCUGAAAGCUCAAAAGUUUAUAUUUUAAAUCUUGCUCUGGUUUAUUCCUGCAAACAUGAAAUAAUGAAUCACCUGUAGGGCUAAAUUAGAUCCCGAUGCAUUUUUCCUGCAUGUACAUUUUUUUUCACUCAGCCUGUUAUUUUGCCAAAUUUUCUGUUGUAGUUUUAUUGGCAUUGGCAAGGAACGAUGGCAUCCUCAUCUCUUAUCCAACCAACCAAAGUGUAAUUGACUCAGCAUUAGUGGAAAUACUGAAAACAAGUAAAUUAAUAGAUGUGGAGUGAUUUCACAAUAUCUUUUCAAAACUAUCACUGGAUGCUGCCAUUACUGAAAAAUCCUACACAUAAUGGCUUGAAAAAGCUGAUUUUAAGACCGAAUAUAUCACAGUCAGAACUGCAAACAUGCUUUUAUGUGUUUCAGUGCUAUUCCCUCAUUUCUACCUGAUGAACGUCUUGCAUCGAAAUGACAAAAAUGUUUUGCAGUGUACAGGAACCUGUUUAAAACUUUUUGAUAUGCUUGUUUCUCUCCUGCGCUCUGUUCUCAUGAGAUAUGCAGUGAAGAGUUCCUUUAUCUUUAAUGGACAGACUGUGUAACUAAAAGACUUGAUAUAAUCAGAUCAGUUUGAAUGGAGUCAGAUCAGUAAGGAGCGGAAGUCCUUCAGUUUUGUUCUGUAUUAAAGUGGCUGAAACCACCAGCUGCAGCCAAAAUUCACAUCACUUUCUUUUGUCCUCAGCUCCAGCUGCUACUCGCUGGGUUGGACACAAAAUAUUUAAGAUGACUCAUAACCAGGAAAAAUCACUCUGAUUGUAAUGACACAAUCUUUCAGACUUUCUUCUUCCUCUCUGCAUCCACCUGCAGAUUUUUUUAAACUCAUAUUUUCACUGAUUGAUGCCCAAAAAAUUCAAAAUCAUCACUUGUCAAUGAACAAAAUCACUUCCUUAAAUAACAAGACAACUUUUUUCCUGACUUUUCGCUCAAGGUAGCUAUACAGCGAUUUGGAAAUUAAUUCUUCAGAUGAUCUGUUUGUUUUUGUAAAUAGUGUACAGACACAUCCAUCACUGACCCUGUGAAGGAAAGAAGACGCUUUGAAUCCCAAAGCUGACUCAAAUCAAGUAGAUGAGAUUACUGUUAAUAUCGGGAGGGGUGGGGGGUGGGAGGAGGUUCUCUUAUUCUGCUUUGUUUUUCUCUUUCAUUCUGUGGUUAACAAAACCUAUUGUGCCCAGGUAGGCUGUCAUUAAACAACACACAUCUUCUGUUUGUUUUUUGGCCUGUGAGAGAUGUUAAAGAUACAUCCAGGAGCUCCAGAUGAACUUCAGUAAAUGAUGGGGUCAGUAGGGAGGCAGCUCCAAAACCACAAAGAAGACAGAACACAAAUGUUGACUAGAUUCUCCACUUUGUUCCUGACUCACAUGUUGAGUCGCCAUGUUGGGCCCCAAAUGUUUCAUGAUGCCAGUUUGAUCUUUGCCUCUGUGUUUAUUUUUAAGCAUUAGACAGAACCAGAACUCUGUUUUUUUUUUUUUUUUUUUUUUUUUAAAAAGCUUUUCUGACAGAACCCAACUCAUGGUGUCAUGUUUCAGCUCUUUAACUACAAACCAGAUGUAGCUUGUGUUAUUGCCAACCAUCUUUCAAAAGCAUACUAUCAUUUUUUUUUUUGAGCUUUGAGGUUAUAAUUAAUUUCGUAAUGUAGGGGAGAGUCGACUUACAAUCCAACAGCAAAUCACCUUAAUUCUUUGCUAUUGCAAAUCACGAAUCAGAAACUCUUGCUUCUGCUGUGUUCAAAGGAAAAAGAAAACGGGAGCUUGACUGGACCUCAGCUCAGAAACUGUUCAGUUUGCUUUGAACAAAUUAUCCUGUACAAAGUGUCAUCCGAAUAGUCCUUGCCAAAGCCAUUGCUGGAAGAUUGUGUUCAAGUAAUGAUAUCUAUUUAUUCAAACAUAUUUGUGACAAAUUAGUACUUUACAUCUAAAGGCACUUUAGACAGUCAGACUGAGCAUGACUGGACCAAACUUUGUUUUUAAAUGGUACUCAUCUUCUGUUUGGACUCUUCUACAAAUUUAUUGAUGACGAAGCAGGGAGAAGGAUGUAGAAAAACUCUGUGAAUUUGUGACUGAAGCUCAUGUCAGUGUGGCAGGUUACAACAGAUAUUAUAGUAUUAUGGCUGUAAAGAGACACUGAUAAUCUGAAGUAUGAAAAUAUUUCUUCUCUGUGCUUAAAAGUGUGGUUGAAGCAGUUUCAUCAUGAAGGUUCAGUUGUUGGUGGCUGGUUGUUGCACCUUUUAACAUCUAAAUCAGGGGCAUGGGCAGGGGUUGUGUGUGUGUGGGUGUGGGUGUAGGUGUGUGUGUGAUCCGUGAAAGAGAGAAAUGUAUUUAUAUUUUGAUUGUCCUCAAACAAGUUUUUAAAAUGACAGAAAAUAAAUGUUGAAUACACCAGCUA